GGAGUCUAGAAUUAGCACAGUACCUGAACAAACUCCCCACCUGUAGACCUGUAGCCUGCGACUUGCAACUUACACCAAUCCAAUCCCGCAUCAUCAACCUCACCCUCUCUCGACUUUCUCACUCGCGACAACUACAUACCCAUACCAUAUUACGCCUUUCGAGCAAAAGUGCAUUCGGCUAAUAUAUCUAUCUAGCCAUAAUCCUAUCUACUGCCUACCUAGCCCACAAAACCUACACUUUGCACCCAUUCACAUCUAUACAUACAAUCCCCCAGCAUUCAAAUAGUGGAUCAGUUUGCUUGCGCUGAGAACUAGAUCCGAGACCCCACCCACGAUGGCGGUCAUUGACGAAGACACAUUCUCUAGCAUUCCCUGGAAUGGCAACAGCCACAAUGAUAUCGUAGAAGGUUCAAGCUCGUCGACACCAACUAUAGAAGCAGAACCCCCUACUGCCGAAGACCAACAUCAUGGUGAUGAUCUACAGCGCCAGGACCCCGGCUUGUCCGGCGAUAUACUCGAGUGUACCGUAUCUGAGCCUCGCAAAGAACAAGAUGGCACCAAAGAUGCCUUCGUAUCAUAUCUAAUCACUACUAAUUCAACAUUCCCUUCCUUUCAGAAAUCUACUUUCACCUCCCGCCGCCGCUUUACCGAUUUUGUCUUCCUCUAUAAGACCCUUUCAAAGGACUAUGCAGCCUGUGCUGUACCGCCUCUUCCUGACAAACAGCGCAUGGAAUAUGUGCGAGGCGAUCGCUUUGGCUCGGACUUCACAAAUCGACGAGCCUACUCUCUGCAACGGUUCCUCGCGCGCAUCACCCUACAUCCCAUCCUCCGCCGUGCCCCAAUAUUCCACACUUUCCUCGAAUCUCCCGACUGGAACGCCACCAUGAAAUCUCGUGCCUCUAGAACCAGCACCGCUUCCGAUCCAGGUACCGGCGGUGUCUUCGACAACUUUGCUGACACCUUUAUCAACGCCUUCACCAAGGUCCAUAAACACGAUAAGCGGUUUAUUGAAGUGCGCGAGAAGAGCGACAAACUGGACGAAGAUUUAGGGCAUGUAGAGAAAGUGGUGGCACGAGUGGCUCGGCGGGAGGCGGACCUGGAGACCGACCUACGAGAUCUUACCGAGCAAUUCCAAAAGCUGAUCACGCUAGAGCCAGGCGUAGAGAGUGCCGUCCAUGGCUUCGCUGCCAGCGUCGAGGAUACAGCCACGGGGCUUAGAAAGCUGCGUGAGCACACCGACCAAGACUACCUCGGCAGCCUACGGGAUAUGCAAGCGUACAGCCAGGCACUGAAAAAUCUCCUCAAGGCGCGCGAGCAGAAACAGCUCGAUCACGAACAGCUAACCGAAUACUUGAACAAAUCUACCGUGGACCGUGAUUCGCUGGCUUCUGGACACGGCUACGGCGCCACUGGAGCCUUGGGUGGUGCGGGCGGCUUCAUCCGGUCCAAGAUCGAGGAUGCGCGAGGCUUAAACCACGAAGCCAUCCGCCGCGAGCGCCUGCGAAAACUCGAGAUGCGCAUCGACGAGUUGACAACCGAAGCCGAACGGGCCAAGAAGACGAGCGAGGCCUUUGACGAGGAGGUGGUCAAGGAAGUGGUUGAUUUCGAGCGCAUCAAGCGCAUAGAGCUCAAGCAACAGUUUGGCGGCCUAGCGGACGCGCACGUGGAGUUCUACGGCGGCGUGGUGGAUGUCUGGGAGCAGUAUGUCAGGGAAAUGGAGAAGGAAGGUCUAUCGGGUUCUGGGUACACCGGCUGAUAACUUUUUACUACUUUUUUGUCCACAUCCAUACCUACAUUACAAUUUCAAAAUCCGCCGGGUGGCUGGACUUCUUAAGGGACGGAUGGGCUAGGGAGGUCUAAUAAUGAUUCAUGGAAGCAAUGGAAGAAAGUUGAAGGCGGCGGCGUUGGCACUUUGGUCAUUGGCAGGUAGGUAGGUAGGUAGGUAACUAACAUAUAGCAAGGCUUUUUUAACCAAAUGGUUAUUUGGCUGGGUCACUCUACUACUCGCGACCUACCAACCAUGCCAGCCCGCUUCCAGUGUUUCUUUGCCUACCUACCUGCCUGCCUGCCUACC